GUAUCUAGUGGAUAGUCGCUGGUUCAAACAGUGGAAAAAAUAUGUUGGUUUUGACAGCUGGGACAAAUACCAGAUGGGAGAUCAGAAUGUGUACCCUGGUCCUAUUGAUAAUUCUGGACUUCUCAAAGAUGGUGAUUCUCAGUCUCUCAAGGAGCAUCUCAUUGACGAGCUGGACUACAUCCUUUUGCCAACUGAAGGCUGGAAUAGGCUAGUUAGCUGGUACACACUGAUGGAAGGUCAAGAACCAAUAGCACGCAAGGUCGUUGAACAGGGUAUGUUUGUAAAGCACUGCAAAGUAGAAGUAUAUCUAACAGAACUAAAGCUCUGCGAAAAUGGAAAUAUGAACAAUGUUGUCACACGAAGAUUUAGUAAAGCUGAUACCAUAGAUACAAUUGAAAAAGAGAUAAGGAAAAUCUUCAAUAUUCCAGGUGAAAAAGAGACCAGAUUGUGGAACAAAUACAUGAGUAAUACUUUUGAACCUCUGAAUAAACCAGACAGCACCAUACAGGAUGCUGGUUUAUACCAGGGACAGGUACUGGUGAUAGAACAGAAGAAUGAGGAUGGAACAUGGCCAAGAGGUCCUUCAACUCCUAAGUCCCCAGGUGCAUCAAAUUUUUCAACUUUACCAAAGAUCUCUCCGUCUCUAUCAAAUAAUUAUAACAACAUGAACAACAGAAAUGUGAAAAAUUCAAACUAUUGUCUCCCAUCAUAUACUGCUUAUAAGAAUUAUGACUAUUCAGAGCCAGGAAGACAUAAUGAGCAGCCAGGCCUGUGUGGCCUGAGUAACUUGGGGAAUACUUGUUUCAUGAAUUCAGCAAUUCAGUGUCUCAGCAACACACCUCCUCUUACAGAGUACUUCCUCAACGAUAAAUACCAAGAAGAGCUGAAUUUUGACAAUCCUUUAGGAAUGCGAGGUGAAAUAGCAAAAUCUUAUGCAGAGCUUAUCAAGCAAAUGUGGUCAGGAAAAUACAGCUAUGUCACCCCAAGAGCAUUUAAGACACAAGUGGGACGAUUUGCACCACAGUUUUCUGGUUAUCAACAACAAGAUUGUCAAGAGCUACUGGCUUUUCUCUUGGAUGGACUACAUGAGGAUUUGAAUCGAAUUAGGAAAAAGCCUUAUAUUCAGUUAAAGGAUGCUGAUGGGAGACCAGACAAGGUGGUUGCUGAAGAAGCCUGGGAAAACCAUUUAAAAAGAAAUGAUUCCAUCAUUGUAGAUAUAUUUCACGGCCUUUUUAAAUCCACCCUAGUUUGUCCCGAAUGCGCUAAGAUAUCCGUAACCUUUGAUCCCUUUUGUUACUUGACACUUCCAUUACCCAUGAAAAAAGAACGCACUUUGGAAGUUUAUUUAGUUAGAACGGAUCCACUUGCAAAGCCUAUGCAGUACAAAGUAGUUGUUCCCAAAAUUGGAAAUAUAUUGGAUCUUUGCACAGCACUGUCAGCUUUGUCUGAUGUUGCUGCAGAUAAGAUGAUUGUUACUGAUAUAUACAAUCAUAGAUUCCACAGGAUAUUUGGCAUGGAUGAAAAUCUGAGUAGUAUUAUGGAACGUGAUGACAUUUAUGUGUUUGAAAUUGCUAUCAAUAGAACAGAAGAUACAGAACAAGUUAUAAUUCCUGUUUGUUUAAGGGAAAAAUGCAGGCACACUAGCUACAGCCAUAGUGGUUCUUCACUGUUUGGCCAGCCUUUUCUCAUAGCAGUGCCUAGAAACAACACUGAAGAUAAACUGUAUAACCUGCUGUUGCUAAGAAUGUGCCGAUAUGUAAAAACCUGUACUGAAACUGAAGACACUGAAGGAUCUAUACACUGCUGUAAGGACCAUGGUAUCAAUGGUAAUGGCCCAAAUGGAAUACACGAGGAAGGAUCUCCAAGUGAAAUGGAAACAGAUGAACAAGAUGAUGAAUCCAGCCAGGAUCAGGAACUUCCUUCAGAGAAUGAAAACAGCCAGUCAGAAGACUCAGUUGGAGGUGACAAUGACUCAGAAAAUGGAUUAUGUACUGAGGAUACAUGCAAAGGUCAACCACUCACGGGACACAAAAAGCGAUUGUUUACAUUCCAGUUCAAUAAUUUAGGCAAUACUGACAUAAACUACAUCAAAGAUGAUACCAGACAUAUUAGAUUUGAUGAUAGGCAACCUAGGCUUGAUGAAAGAUCUUUCCUUGCUUUGGAUUGGGAUCCUGAACUGAAGAAGAGAUAUUUUGAUGAUAGUGCAGCAGAGGAUUUUGAAAAACAUGAAAGUGUGGAAUAUAAACCUCCCAAAAAGCCUUUUGUGAAAUUAAAAGAUUGCAUUGAGCUGUUCACAACAAAGGAAAAACUAGGUGCUGAAGACCCAUGGUAUUGUCCAAACUGUAAAGAACAUCAGCAAGCUACCAAGAAGUUAGACUUGUGGUCUCUGCCCCCUGUACUGGUAGUUCAUCUAAAGCGCUUUUCCUACAGCAGAUAUAUGAGGGACAAGUUGGAUACAUUGGUUGACUUCCCAGUAAAUGACUUGGACAUGUCAGAGUUCCUUAUUAAUCCUAAUGCAGGGCCUUGCCGCUACAAUUUGAUUGCUGUCUCCAACCACUAUGGAGGAAUGGGAGGAGGGCACUAUACUGCUUUUGCAAAAAAUAAAGAUGAUGGGAAAUGGUACUACUUUGAUGACAGUAGUGUGUCCGCUGCGUGUGAGGACCAAAUAGUGUCCAAAGCAGCAUAUGUGCUCUUCUACCAGAGACAGGACACGAUCAGUGGAACUGGCUUUUUCCCUCUUGACCGGGAAACUAAACAAAGUGCUUCAGCUGCCACAGGCAUCCCGCUAGAAAGCGAUGAAGACAGUAAUGAAAAUGAUAAUGAUCUAGAAAAUGAAAAUUGUAUGCACACUAACUAACGGAAGAACUAGAAGCCAUAAAAGAGACUUUCUUACCGGGGAUACCUAUUGAAAGAGAGAAAUUGCCCACCAAAUUAAGAAUAAAAAUCUGAGAUGGGGAAUUUCAGAUAACAGAAUGUAAAUCUUUAGUACAUUUUAACAUGUGCAGUACUUGAAGUGAAACAAUAAAAACUUAAACAGAAA